AUGGAUACCUUGAACACCUUCGCCGUCAUCACUCUCCUCCUACUCCCACUGUUUCUCGGCCUAGCACAAGCCGUACGACGUGGUACUCGCCGGAACCCGCCGGGGCCGACCCCUCUCCCCGUCAUCGGCCACCUGCACCUCUUCAGGAAGCCCCUCCACCGCACCCUGGCGCGCCUCGCUGCUCGCCACGGCGCUGUCUUCCAGCUCCGGUUCGGUUCCCGCCGCGUCGCCGUCGUGUCGUCGGCCGAGGCCGCCGAGGAGUGCCUGGGCGCGCGCGACGUCACGUUCGCCAACCGGCCACGGCUGCCGUCGGGCGGGAUCCUCUCCUACGACUGGACCACCAUGGGCACCGCCAGCUACGGGCCCUACUGGCGGCACGUCCGCCGCAUCGCCGUCACCGAGAUCCUCUCCGUGCUCCGGGUGCAGCAGUUCGCCGACGUGCACGAGCGCGAGACGCGGGCCAUGGCGCGGGGACUCUACCGCGCCGCGGCGGCCUGGGGCCGGGGCCGCGCUCGGGUGGAGCUCAAGUCGCGGCUGUUCGAGCUGCUAAUGAACGCCAUGAUGGGGAUGAUGUGCGCGAGGAGGUACUACGGCGGCGACGGGAAGGAGGAGACAGCGGUGAGGGUGAGCGAGGAGGCGCGGUGGUUCAGGGAGAUGGUGGAGGAGACGAUGGAGCUGAGCGGCGCGUCGACGGCGUGGGACUUCCUGCCGGCGUGGGCGCGGUGGCUGGACGUGGGCGGAGUGGAGCGCCGGCUGUGGCGGCUGCGGGAGGGCCGGACCAAGUUCUUGCAGGGGCUGAUCGAGGAGCAGAGGAAGGAGAUGGAGAAGGGGGCGCCGGCCAGGAGGACCAUGAUCGGCGUGCUGCUGACGCUGCAGAAGGAGGACGCCGAGGCCUGCCCGGACCACCUCAUUCGCACCUUGUGCAUUGUGAGUAAUCCACCUCCAUGGGCCAUGGCUGUUGCAUUGGCUCCUUUCCUACUGGAAUUUGCAUAUUUUAUGAAUCUUCUGAAGAAAAAACUACUGGGUUUAGUGGUCUUUUGA